CCCCCGCCGCUGCCUGACCCGCUGAGUAUCUGCUGUCAAAAAUCCUUGCAUGUUAUAUCUGCAGCCGAGGACAAUUGUACAAUUCUCCCCUCAGCAAGGGGAACCACUGAACCAGACGAAAGAACCCGGCUUUGUUUGCAUUUCCUGAUAUUCAAGGCGGAGACUCCUCCCUCCCUCCCACUGCCUUGACUAAACAGUUCGCCUUUAUUCCCAAUCUCCUCGCCCCUGCGGAUUUUUUUUUUGUGGGGAGGGGGUAAAGUUUUAUUGCAGUGCGCUCUCUUCUGCCCGGGUGGGAGAUGCUGGAGGAGGAGGAAGAGUAUGACUCCACUUGGGUGGAGAGCGAAGAGGAGUCGGGGCGGCCGCCAUCGCCUGCGAGGUGUCCGGAGCCCCAGGAGAAGGGUGGAUCGGCGCUGGAGAAAGCGGAGGACCGACAGAAGCCCAGGUCAGAAUCAAGUAUGUGGAAGAAAAAUCGGGAUUAUGACAAGCCACGUCGGCGAAGUAAGAGAGCAGCGAUGGACCUCCAGAGAUAUCGGCACCAUUACCCUGAUCUGAAGGAUAAUGCAGAGCACAACAGCAACGUCAACUUUAUGUUCUACAUGAACAAGACAUGCUCUCAGCCCAAUGGUUGUAAAAUAUUGGAGAUGUUAACGAAGUGGAAGGGGAAGUACGAACAUUUGGAGAGGAACCAUUCAUACAUCCAGUGGCUGUUUCCGUUGCGAGAACCUGGAAUGAACUGGUGGGCCAAAGAACUGACAGUUCAAGAAAUCAAGUCAUUCAGACAAUCGGAUGUUGCAAAAGUGAGGCUAAUUGAAGCAUACAAGAUGAUGCUGGACUUCUAUGGCAUUAAGCUGGUGAACGAACAGACAGGAGAGGUGAAGCGGGCCCAUCACUGGAAACAGCGGUUUCACAACCUCAAUAUACACUCGCACAAUAAUCUACGCAUCACACGGAUACUGAAGUGUCUUGGAGAGUUGGGCUUCGAGCACUAUCAGACCCCACUGGUCAGGUUCUUUCUUGUAGAAACCCUGAUCAAUAAGCAGUUACCUCAGGUCAAGGACAGUGUACUGGACUACUUUCUUUACACCAUUAGAAAUAAAUCUGAGAGGAGAAAAUUGAUACUUUUUGCUCAGCAGUAUUAUCAGCCUCUUUCCGAAUUUGUCUGGGGACCUCCCAAAGGAACGGAACACCGGUUCAGCCACAUCUGUGAAGAACUGAAGAAGGAAAUGGUUGAACAACAGGGCGAGGAAUGUUCGGAUGAAGACAUGUUAACUAAAGCCACUGAUGUGCCAUCAGAGGCAGACAAAGAGCAGACUCUGAAAAAGAGACCAAGUUGUCCAGAUUCAAGCAAGGAGAGUGCAGCCUUUAUAAAGGACACUGAACAAAGAUCUGAAAAUCUUGUAACGCCUGGAACUCUUGACACAGCCUCAAGUCAGGAACACUGCAAUGCUGAAGAAAAGGUUAGUUGUGAUGGGAAACCUCCAGUUCCUGAAAAUAUUGAGAGACAAACUGAAGAUCAGGAAGAGGAUAUCGCCAAAGGCAGCGAACCCAUCGCACCACUAAAGGACUCUGAAACCAGCCUCAGACAGAAAAGUGAAGAUAAUUUGUCAUUGUCAGUGACCCAAGUCACGGUUAGUGAAACUGGCUGUCAACAAGGAAUGAAAUCCGAAGACAAGGUGACAUCUUCAGGAGAACCCAACCUGAUGACCGUGGAAGAGAAUAAAACUACAACACAAGGCCACGUCAGGAAAGACACGACAGGACUGACGGAUGGAAUAGCUGAAGCAGAACCAGCAGUCGCUGAAGAUGACAAGUGUGCAACAGAAGGAAGCAAAACUGGGAAUAUAGCAACAGGGGCAAUGGAUGAGAGAGCCGAGCCAGGACCAGGACCAAACAUCACAGGAGAGGAAAGACCCACAGAAGAAGACACAAAAAGGAAUACAGGAACAAUGGACCAGAAUACGUUCUCUGAAUCAGCAGGGGAUGAAGUAGACAAACAAUCUGUCCCUGAAAGUGGGACUCCGAGUUCUGCUAAAAAUGACAGCGAUUCUGGGGAAGAGAUGGAAAUUCAGGAGGCAAGACCUACUGAUGAAUGCCAGGGAGAAAAAGAUAUUGAAAUGAAAGAAAAUGAUAAUUAAAUGACCUGGAGGCAAAGAUAAUUAGCAAUGGAGGAAUUAGAUUUUAAAUAUGCUGGGAGAAAGGCAGAUGGUUUUUGGCUUUGUCACGCUGUGAAGUUUAGGAUACCAUUUUGCUAAGGAGCAGAAAGUCCCUGUGCAUCAAAAACGGUGACAUCAAACAGACGCCACAGGACUCCACAGGGUUAGGAGUUGGGGGAGUGAAUUAGCUUGUUGUCCCAUCACCCUUCGAAUCCCAGAGACUGAAUUUGGAAUUUAGUGUGUAAAAACACAUGUCGCUGAUUUUCUUAAUAUAACUUUGAUUGUAGAGGAAGUUGAACAAUAAACA